GUUAUAUUUUGACGUUUCCGUCUCCGGCAGACAUAUUGCUUACCGGAGCAAAUUCUGGAAAGCUAGAAGUGGGAAAGGAUUUAAAAUUGAAUCACGUCUUCACAACUUAGCACAAUAAACCCGCAUAGGACACAAUGGAGCCGUCAGCCAGUCCGGCCAAGGAUAACUACAGGAUGAACCGAUACAAGAACAAAGCACUCAAUGCAGAUGAGAUGAGGCGCAGGAGAGAGGAGGAGGGCAUCCAGCUCAGGAAACAGAAACGAGAACAACAGCUUUUCAAACGGAGGAAUGUGGACAUUCUCAAUGAAGAAGAGGUCAUGUUAGAGAGCCCACUGGUGGACUCUUACCUCAGCUCUCCAGUAACUGAAGGAGUUAUUACCAGGGACAUGGUAGAGAUGCUUUUCUCAGAGGACCCAGAGCUUCAGCUUGCUACAACACAGAAGUUCAGAAAAUUACUUUCCAAAGAGCCUAACCCACCAAUUGAUGAAGUUAUAAACACUCUUGGAGUAGUGGAGAGGUUUGUGGAGUUCCUAAAGAAGAGCAGCAACUGCACACUACAGUUUGAAGCCGCCUGGGCGCUGACCAACAUUGCGUCAGGAACAUCCUUGCAGACAAAGACGGUGAUUGAGGCUGGAGCAGUGCCCAUCUUCAUAGAACUGCUGAACUCUGAUUUUGAGGAUGUUCAAGAACAAGCUGUGUGGGCCCUCGGUAAUAUUGCAGGGGACAGUGCAGUGUGCAGGGACUAUGUGCUGAACUGCAACAUCCUUCCACCACUAUUAAUGCUUCUGACAAAGUCCACUAGACUGACUAUGACUAGGAAUGCAGUAUGGGCUCUGUCUAAUCUGUGCAGAGGAAAAAACCCACCACCUGCUUUUGACAAGGUGUCACCCUGCCUGCCAGUGUUGUCCAGGCUAUUAUUUAGCAGUGACCCAGACUUGCUGGCAGAUGCCUGCUGGGCUCUGUCCUACCUCUCAGACGGCCCCAAUGAUAAGAUCCAAGCCGUCAUUGACUCUGGUGUCUGCAGGCGCCUUGUAGAACUACUCAUGCACACUGACUAUAAGGUGGCUUCACCCGCCUUGAGAGCUGUAGGAAACAUUGUCACAGGAGAUGAUAUCCAAACACAGGUGGUGUUGAACUGCUCAGCCCUGCCCUGUCUGCUUCACCUCCUCAGCAGUGCUAAAGAGUCCAUUCGCAAAGAGGCAUGCUGGACCAUCUCAAACAUUACAGCAGGAAACAGAGCACAAAUACAGACGGUAAUCGAUGCAAACAUCUUUCCAGUACUGAUUGACAUUCUGCAGAAAGCUGAAUUCAGGACCAGGAAAGAGGCAGCCUGGGCCAUCACCAAUGCCACGUCUGGAGGAACACCAGAGCAGAUCAGAUAUCUGGUGAACCUGGGCUGUAUUAAGCCCCUGUGUGACCUGCUCACUGUGAUGGACUCAAAGAUUGUUCAGGUUGCUCUUAAUGGACUAGAAAACAUCUUGAGACUGGGCGAACAGGAAGCCAAACAGGAGAACAACGGCACCGGAGUUAAUCCUUACUGCAGCCUCAUCGAAGAAGCCUAUGGUCUUGACAAAAUAGAGUUCCUCCAGAGUCACGACAACCAGGAGAUCUACCAGAAGGCCUUUGACCUAAUUGAGCACUACUUUGGUGUGGAGGACGAGGACAGCAGUCUUGCCCCUCAGGUGGACCAGGCCAACCAGCAGUUUCUCUUCCCUCAGCAGGAGGCCCCCAUGGAAGGUUUUCAGCUAUAAGUCAGCCACCCUUUCCUCUUCAUACCUCCUCUCAUAGAUGGCUCCUUUUUACCACCGUGCCAUCCUCCCUGAACCUCCACUAAAUCACCAUGAGGCCACGCCCCCUACCCUUUGGAGGAAUGCUAAAAUUGUUCCGCUCUCCAGCCUGAAAAUGCCUCGCCCCCUUUCAUCGUUUCCAACCAGUGUACUGACCUCCUGCAGGGCAGACUCUCAUGUUUCCUGGCUGAGGGGAGGGUGCCACACAAACUCCCAUUACAGCUAGAAGAGGAAGUAAUCACCAGUAAUCAUCAAAACGCACACCCAGACAUCUUCCUGUCAUUUGACAGCGCUUAGAUUCUCUCAUUGGCAGCAGUAGUGAUUUGUUAGUGUCUUUAAUAUACACUUUCAUUUCUUUUCCAAACGGAAAUCUUUUGUUUUCAGGAUUAUCCAUACAGAGCGUGCAAACUGGGGUGCAUGAGCAGAAUCUGCCCAACUCUUCGUGUCACUAUGACUCAGUGCAAUUCAAAAAAUACUUAACAUGAUCCCUUUUUUUUUUUUUUUUUUUUUUCCUCCUCACCCUUUAUCUGCCCCCACCCCUUUUUAUUUUUAAAUUAUUUAAUUUUUUUGUUUUAUUUUUAGUGCUUGUGAUAUUUUCUUUUGCUUUGCCUGCUCCCAGUCAGUAGGCUUAGGCCUGCUCUCUGCAUAUCUACUCAAGGUGAGAAGAAAAAAUAGUCUUUAUGGGGUUUAGAGCCACAGAUGUCAACCCCAAAGUUUGUCGCCCUGAGUUGGAUGCCCAAGCUAGGAAGCAUGAUUUGUUUUGGGGGGUUUUUUGUUUGUUUUUUUUAAGCGGGUGGCAAGAAGGGUGAAACUUUAUCAAACAGAAGGGCUGUGAAUGUUUUUUUUUGUUUUGUUUUGUUUUCGAAAAGGUUAUGUUAAAACGUCUAGAAAAAAUAUCCAGGUUUUGAGGGUUAAAUAGUUAGAGACCCAAUGUUCGUAGUGUGCCGUGUUAUUAAUAACAUUUGAAUUAUGAAGUGAUCUAACUAUUAAAAAAGGCAUAGUUGGGGAUUUAGGAGGAGAAGAGCUGUUGGCAGCAAAAGCAGCAAGAAUUAAGAGCCUGGGGACGAUGUCUUGAAACCCAUUGUUAACUGGUUGCUGCUGGCCUGCAAGCCCCCUCCACUUCCCCUGGUGUAUGUGGUAGGGUUUUUGCAUGGUGUUAUAUUACCCUGCCUACAGCCCUGAGCAUCCCUGGCCAAACACUACGAGGAGUCGUUGCUUCUUUGUAAACAGCAUUUGGAGUCGAAAGCAGGAACCGGGCCGGAUUCGGUGAUGUUAACAGUGAUUGUGUAUUGACGGUGGUGGUGUCGUGUAUAGUGGUAGAGUUUAUCUAUAAUAUAUGGCAUUCUAUAUCACUAUAUAUUUUUGAGGAAUGGCAGUGACAAUGAUUUUGCAUGGGUUCAUUGUAAUAUGUGUCGAUGUAAAUUGCCUGUUCUCUGCCUGGCAGGGACGGUCUGCACCGCUUCCUCGUGUGUCUAACGACAAAUGGUGUUUAGCCGGGGAUGGAGCUCAGAGAAAUAACAAGCCUAACUGCAACAGAAAUUCAAGUAUAAGUGUAUAUUUGAAUUUUGGUGUAUUUUCAUUAUAUAAAUAUAUAUAUAAAUAUAUUUGCGCACACUUCAUGCACACUUGCAUACACCAGCAGACACACUGUACACACACCUCACACAGAUGAGUGGCUAGUAGUAACUAAAAAGGUUUCCAUAAUCUUUGGAUUUAAAAAGAACUAAAUUUAAAAGGGUUUGUUUUGAAGUUUUGAUUCUCCUCAAUGUGAACAUAUUGGAUGUUUUUUGUUUUUUACUUAUUAUUUUAUAUUUAAAAAAAAUCCUGCUUUCUGGAGCAGAUGAAGGAUUAUUUCCCAAAAUCCUAAGGAUUGCUUUGAAACUGUUUUAGUUGUUUCUAGCCUCGUGACUUUUGAUGGUUAAAGUGAGUCCUGUAAACUCUGACCUGAGGGCAAUUUGACCUCUAACAGAAGCUGUUCUCAGGUCAGCGCUCAGGUUUUGUGGAUGGAGCUGAACUGUGGUUGUGUGAUGUUCGACUUACGGGGGCACUCUGUGAGGGAGGGAUCGAUUGACUCAGUGACUAGGUCCUAAUCAGAGUCUGGGAGCCCUCUGUUCUGUGGAUUACUGAAGCAUCUCCAACUUAAGACCAUGAACCUCUACAUUAAGUCUUUAUCACCGAGAUUAGGAAUGGAUCAGUCUGCUUAAUAGCAAAUAUUUUUUGACAAAGGCAGUUCUUUCUUAUUUGGUAAAAAACACUAAAUUCACAGGCAUAUUUUUCCAUUUUGACGUGCGUGUUAAUCUUCUGUCUCAGUGGAUGACACCGUCAUGGGAGACUUCUAUUGGUUCAUAGCUUGGGAUGGGGUGUUAGGCACUGUUGGGUGUUGUGAAGUGCAGUGAGAGUUAAAACCUGUCCUCCUAUGAGACAGACAUUUGCAGUCGGUCAUUACUUUUAGGGGAAUUAAUCCUUGUUGGAAAAUUUUUGUUGCAGGCUGACGAGCUGUAAUCGACUCCACCUGCACUGUUAUCUUUCUUGCUACUGUGCUACAUUUUGUACUCCAGACCUUCACCCUCACGCACGACUACAGACUGAACUCUGGUAACAGAGAAAAUCAUGAGAGAGAGUUUUUCAAGGCAAAAAAUGCCACACACACAAAAAAUUCUUCAUGACUUAUCAUGAUUGGAUUCUGAACAAAUAAAAUCUGUUGUUGUGAUGCACAACCUUUCACCAGACCAGCACAUUUUAACUGGGUGUUGCUGCAGAGGUAGAUCGGCGAUUUCACGUUCAGGAUUGUUCCACUCUUACUUCCAGCGUAGAUCAGCAGUAGAGCACGUGAUGGUGACAAGAUUUUUGUGUUUUCACGUUGGGUUUGCAAUGUUGUCCACUGAACGCGUGUCCUCCCAGUAGAUGUAAAAGGCUGAAUCAAGAGUUAUAUGAGGAUCAAGAACUUGCCUCUACACUCCUCAUGUGUAGGGGCAGCAUUUAUGACUGAAGUCUCUGAUUUGAUGGCCAAGUCUGUGCUUGGCCAACAGAUGAUAACAGAAUUUGCAGUUUUUAAAAAUAUUCAUAAAUAAAUCAGUGAAUCAACCAGGGGGGGAAUAAAGUGUAAAAUAAAAAUGCACUCCUAUUCACAAAAGUGCCAAUCCGACCAACAAAGACUUGAGGUUCUUAUGUAUCUGUCUUUGACUUAAAGAUUUGUUUUUCUUUAUAUCUUUUAUUUACUUGAAUGUUGCACACGUUUUUUUUGUGCAAAAACAUUGCUGCUCUAUUUUUCUUAUCUUUAAAGUUACACGAUUUGCCAUGGUUUCUGUGGAUAAGUGGCAUUCUUUACUGUGGGCGCCUAUAAAAAGGGAGGGGGAAAAAGGAAUUUCAUUAAAGAAAGCCAAUUGUCCUGUGUCGGGCGGGGGGGCGUAAAGGACUCAACAAACGAAUCAAACUGGUCUUUUCCAGCUGCUGUCCAUUGGUGUGAUGGUCCCCUCUGUAACAGUCUUCUAAUAGUUUUCACUGUGCAUAGAUGAGCAGUGGGUUCAUGUUCAUGAUGUCACGACCUGCAGCCAACCCUCUGCAAAAAAACAACAAAAAAAAAAAACGUCUGCACUGAUACAAACUUUGUAAUGAUGUGGCACAUAAUGCAAAUAAUGGAAACCUAAGCAGCUGUCAGGGCAGACAGAUGCAGGUACUGACCUAACUGUCCACGUUAGUUUACCAAAGUUUUGUCCUCUUGAAGGCUGAAAAAUUUCCUUGAUGGUUAGUUUGUAUGACUUUUAUGUGAUUGGCUUGUGUCGACCCGGUCAGAAUGACUGACAGAUCCCUUCAGGCUGUUUAAACCUUGCUUCUCUUCAUUAGAAGCCGCACUAGAUGGCACGCUCACUCCUGAGUUUUCUUUUCUCUUAAAUUCAGGCGCUGUUUAAGGAGUUGGAAAAAUGUGCAGAUGAAUCCAGAAGACUUGCAAUAAAACAUUGUCCAAAAGAAAGAAAUAAAAUCAGCCACACCCCGAGAGGCAAAGGCCCACCUACAGGAAGAGCAGCUCUCACAGGUGACACUCCUUCCACUGGGUGGAGCGAACACAGGCUACUACUUGACAUUUUUCUAAGAUAAAAACAAAAGAAGUUUAAAUAAAUCUGGGAUUCAGAAAUAGUACAAUGAUUUACAUUAAAAGUAUUAUAAUUUAAACUAUAUGUAUGUUCUGAUACAUUGACAGGGAUUCAGAUGUAAUUCUAAUCACUUCUAAGAAGUGGAGAAAAAGCCUCAUUAGAACAUGUCACACGAAAAAAAACAAAAAAAAAAUAGGUGGUGAGGAUGCAAGCUUCUCUUUUUUGUUUUUGCUUUUCUUGAUCUUUUUCCUGAUCAGGAUAUUCUGGGCUAUAUUUUUGGAUAAAUGUGUUUAAAGUUUCUCGUCAGGCUGCAUGAUCAGGAAUCUUGUAAUCUAUCGGGGAUUGAACAGAAAUCACUAAAAAUCACAAAUCCGAUGUGUCUUCCGUCCUAGGAGCUAUUGGUGUCUUUAUCCAAAUCUAAAGUAACGUCUACGCAACAAAUGUUUACAAUGCUACGUGUUUGUAAAAAUACUUUUCAUAUGCCAUCACUGACCAGUCGUGACGUAUCUUCUGCUCUGGUCCUCUCAUUUCUUUUACACGUAUUUAUUUUCUCUAUUCUUGUUUAUGGUUUUUCAUUUGCUCCAAACGACCCAUCUUUAAACUGUGACUCGACUUGACUUUUACCGACGGUAUGAAUGAGCGAUGAAAAACUAGUACACUUCAAAACUGAACAUGACACACAAACAUGAACAUGAAGAAAAAGAUGCAUACAGGAAACGGCAACAAUAUAAGUGUAAAGAAAGCAUAUUGAGAUUUAAGAAAAAAACUGUUCAGUGGAAAUAUUGUGCAAAUCAAAUAAAGUUAUGUUGCAACCCCUUUAA